AACUAAUCCAUUGGGAAUGAAGAAACAUAAUCUAAUGUGUCUUGAACUUAAUGUUAUACAGGGACCUCCUCAACAGAACAGAAACUUAGAGAAACUGAUAAAUGCACAUGCAACUACUUCUCAGUCACAACAAUCAAGUCGACCAAUCAAUGCUCCAAGCAAUGAUCUUGAAAAUAGAAGAUGUGCACUUUUGAAUUGGAACAAUUAUGAAGAAGAUGAAGUGGUGGCUGAAGGGAAGAUCUCUUCAACAAAUCCAAGUACAAAAGUUCAUUGUGUGCCUCUUGGACGAGAUUGUUGGAAGGUUUGGGUUGAUGUGGUGUUUGAUGAGUAUCAGACUAUGGAAGUGUAUAGAGCAACCAUGGAUGCCAAACAACUUGGUGAAGCUGUAGGAAGCACUCUUGCAUGGCCCAAAAGCUCCAUUAAAAUGCUCCCUUAGUAGUUGAAGUAGCAGGUACAUUUUGCUUUACUAGAGAAUUUAUGUAGGUCAGGAAGUACCAUGCAUGUUUUGUCAAUGCUGAUGAACAAAGAAUCCAGUACUUUGUCAUGCUUGUUUUGUAAAGAACAUAUGUAUAAGAGAAUGUGGCACU